CUCUACGGUGCGACCGGUCGCUAUGCUACGAAAUGAAACGCGCGACCCCGCCACCGGUCCACCAAUGCCGCCGCCGCCGCACCCGUCGCGCCUCGGCUUCCACCCGCUGGAGCCGGCGCUCUCCGCCGCGGCCGACGCGCUGCACCGCUCCUGCCCGAGCUCCCCGCGCCGCGCCGUCCUCCGCCGCGCGCGCGCGCUGCACGCGCUCCUCGUGGUCUCCUCCAUGCCCUCCGCGCACACGCCCGGCACCUUCCUCGUCAACCAGCUCCUCGCGCUCUACGCCCGGCUCUCCGCGCUCCCCGACGCGGUCGCGCUCCUCCGCUCCGCGCCGCGCCCCAACGUCGUCUCCUUCAACACCGUCCUCUCCGCGCUCUCCCGCGGGGCCCCGCGCCACGCGCCGCAGGCCUUCCGGCUCUUCGGCCAGCUAUGCGUGUCCGGGCUCCGCCCCACCGCGCCCAGCCUCUGCGCCGUCCUCCGCGCCGCCGGAGCGCUGCGAGACGGCCGCGCGGGCGCCCUGGCCCACGCGCAGGCCGCGGCGCUCGGUUUCCUCGCCAGCGACAUCGUGCCCACCGCCCUGCUGCAGAUGUACUCCGAGUGCGGGGCGCCGCGGGACGCCAACCGGGUGUUCGACGAAAUGGCGACGCGGGACGUGGUCGCAUGGAACUGCGCGAUGCACUGCAGCGUGCGGUACGGCUACCUCGGGCGUGCUCUUGGGCAAUUCUGCAGCAUGGUGAGGGCUGGGCUGGCACCUACCGAGAGCACGCUCUCGUCGGUGCUCAGUGGGUGUGCACGCGCCGGGGAUAGCCACGGGGGGCGCGUGCUGCAUGGCUGGGUGGUGAAGUCGGAGGAGCUUGACCCUGACACGCCGCUGCAGAAUGCGCUGCUCGGCAUGUACUCCGGCUGCGGUGAUCUGGACACUGCGUUACAUGUGUUUGACAGGAUUGAGACGCCUGACUUGGUGUCAUGGAAUACUCUGAUUGCUGGGUUUUCUGCUGCUGGGGAUGGAUGGAGUGCUAUGGAUGCUUUUGUACGGCUCAAGGAUGUGCAGUUCGGCGAGCCGGUUGUCCCUGAUGAGUAUACAUUUGCAGCUGUGGUGUCUGCUGCUGCUGCUUUACCUGCAAUGCGUAGUGGAAUGCCACUUCAUGCUGAAGUGGUCAAAGCUGGGUUGGAGACCAGCGUCUUUGUAGGUAAUACAUUGAUCAAUAUGUAUUUUACAAACGGGGAGCCAGGCUCAGCACGAAUUUUGUUCGAUUCCCUUCCCGAGAAAGAUGUAAUUAUGUGGACCGAGAUGGUUGCGGGCCAUUCUUCGUCGGGUGAAGCUGAAUUAGCCUUGAAGUAUUUCAUUAGCAUGCUUCAGGAAGGGUACAAGGUCGACAGCUUCUCUCUCAGCAGUGCUUUGAACUCCACAGCAGAGUUUGCAGGUCUUAAGCAAGGAGAGAUGCUCCAUGCUCAAGUGGUAAAAAGUGGUUAUGAGGGGAAUAUCUGUGCCUCCGGAAGCCUGCUUGAUAUGUAUGCUAAAAAUGGUGCUCUCCAAGGUGCCCAUUUGGUGUUCUACACCAUACCAAAGCGAGAUUUGAAGUGUUGGAAUUCAAUGAUAGGGGGAUAUGGCAAUUAUGGCAAUUCAGAAAUGGCAUUUAAGUUAUUUGGUGAGAUGAUUCGUGAUGAGCUGCAACCUGACCAUGUAACUUACAUAUCCCUCCUUUCAGCAUGCAGCCACUGUGGACUAGUUGAGAAAGGAAAGUUCUACUGGUUUUGUAUGAUGACGGAUGGUAUUAUGCCAGGAUUCAAGCACUAUACUAGCAUGGUGAGUUUGUUAGGUAGGGCAGGUUUAUUGGAGGAAGCAGUUGAUUUACUGCAGAAAUCCCCAUUUGCCAAGAAAUGUCCUGAACUAUGGAGAAUUCUGCUAAGUUGCUGUGUAGCAUUAAAUGAUUUGUCCGUUGGUGUUCAUGCUGCUGAACAGGCACUAGCGCAAGACCCAGAUGAUAUGUCAACACAUGUAUUGCUUUCAAACCUUUAUGCUGCUGCAGGAAAAUGGGAUGUUGUAGCUGAAAUUAGGAAAAAAAUCAGAGGGAUGAUGGUUGAGAAGGAACCUGGGCUGAGUUGGGUUGAGAUAAAAAGUACGAUUCAUGUGUUCUCAGCAGAUGAUGAAUGCCACUCACAGAUCGAUGACUGUCGUGCUGAGUUGCUUCGACUUAAGGGGAACAUGGAAUUGUUGUAUAGUUCUGAAAAUGAAUUGCUUUCAAUUGGCUAAGUUCCAUGAAUAGAUUUCAAUGAAAGAGCAUUUGACUUGCUUUCCAUUGAGGAUUGAUUAUCGAUAAGGACCCUCUGGUUAAGCAUUUUAGGGGUGUGCUGUUUGCUUCUGUGAAUGACAUGAACUGAUGAAUUUUGAAGAUUACAGGGGAAGAUAUCCCAGAGCUUACAUUGGAAUUGCUUUAACAGAACAAACAAAUUGGUCAGCAUUAACUAAGGGCGUGAAGUUCCGGAGUUACCUGUCCCAAUCAAGCCCUUCCAAUCAUAACUUAAUACAUGUAUGAUUUUACAUGUCACAUCAAGGCAACUAAUAAGUCUGAAGUUUUAAUUGUGGAAUUCUUCUAAUUGGAGCCUUAUCAAUGCAUCAUUGCUCUGUUAACACAGUAUGCAAAGUUUGGUUGUGCUCAUGUUGCACCAAGGAAUUAUAAUGUGAAUCACAGGUGUGCUGUUUGCUUCUAGGAAAAACAUGCACUAAAAAAUGUUCAAGGAUACGGGGCAAGAUUUCCCAGAGCUUAUACUGGAUUUUUUUUUAACAGAAGCAAUUUUUGUUCAGCAUAACUAACGGAUGACCAUAUGAAUGUCAGAGUCAAGCCCUUACAAUCAUGUAAGCUGCCUGAGGUCCAGAUGUUCCUUCCUCAGAAUUCAAGAAAAAAAAAUCCUUCAUCCGUGAAAUCAUGUCGUUUUGACUUUGAUUCAUUAAUUAAUUUUCUUUGGUUCAGAACUUAAUACAUAUGAUUUUACAUGCCCUUAUCUAGAUUGCGGAAUCCAAAGUUUUAAUUUAGCGUAUUCUUAUAAAUUGGGUAUCCAUAGCGAUCCAUCAUUGCUCUCUUAAUACAGUUUCGUAGUUUGCUUGUGCUCAUGUUGGACCAAGGAAUGAUAACUUUGACAUGAAUCACGGCUUAAUUGCUAGCUGAUGGAUUGCUUAAAAACAGUAAGGUGGUAAGUAAAAUUCAAGGAAUGUUGUUGUUAGGAACUGUCAUGUUGAGGGCAUGACAAGUCAGCUCAGGAGGAGGGCCACAGCUGCAGCACUGGGCCCAGGAAGGGACAUUAGUUCUUCCAAGGAACAAAGAUAGGAAGUUAUGAUUUGGGUAGCUUCGGCGCCGAUCCAGGCGCACUGAGAUUACGAACCUCGUCCCCCUGUUGACCACCCCUACAACCUGUGAUCCAGUCAACCAAAUCCCAAAGAACAUGACAGACACUUUAUGCAGUUCCAGCAUGAUAGGGCAACAUAACUGCCUAGAAACUUAAAAAAUCAUAUGUGAAAGAUCUUACACAAUUCUUUAUCCCCACACAUGUACAAAAAUUGCCUUUGGAGCUCGGCCUCCAUGGAGGCCUCCAAAUUCAAAUUUCGAAUUUCAUCAAAUAUCAUAUUUUUACAUUUCAAAAAAUUCUGAAAAAAUACAGAUAUACAUGAAGGCAUAACACACAUGUGUGUAAAUUUUCAGGGCAAAAUAUGUUGAAAUGAGGGCUGUGCAAAAAAGACAAAUCUGGGCCUUUUUUAACACAUGAUACUAUUCAUCCUCCCAGGCCAUGAAUUUGUCUUUUUUGUACAGGUCGCAUUUCAACGCAUUUCAUUUUGAAUUUUUACACACAUACACAUAACAUCCUUGUUUACUUGCACAAUUUUUUUCAGAUUUUUUUGAAAGCAAAAAGUUUGAUUUUUGAUUUUUUCA